AUGGAGACAGAAGGGACGAGACGAAGUGGCGAUGGUCCAUACAAAAACCCCAACAAGAUCAAUAGUGAUGGCAAUCAUGCCGAUAACAACAACAACAGCAAUAAUAUAAAUAAUAAUAAUCAUAUAAAUAAUAAUAAUCAUAAUCAUCAUCAUCAUAAUAACGGUGUGCAUUUAGAGAAAUUACGCCGGAGUGGAGGAGGCGUCAUUCCACCCGCAACCGCAAACGUUGGUGUUUACCAGCAAUCACACAAACGUCCACUCCGCUCCCCUGCAGGGAAAAAUGAAGAAAGUGUUGGGGAAUCGACAGAGACUAUUCUGUGUAAUCAGAAACGAAAAAGUCCAUUAAGUAACGGCGAAGAGGGCAAUACUGAAGCCCGCACCGCCUCUCAACCCACUGCAACGACAUCAACAACAACAACAACAUAUAAUAUUAAUAAUAUUAAUAAUAAUAAUAAUAAUAAUAAUAAUAAUAAUAAUAAUAAUAAUAAUGUGAAUACCCAACAACAACAGCAGCAGCAGAGAUUAUCGAUGGAUGUGGAGCCCAAACGCAGUGAUGGACGACGACGACGGCGGCGGUAUUGGUGGUGGCGACAACAACAACAGCAACAACAACAACAACGGCGACGUCAUCGCAGUCAAAGUCAAGCGGGAAGAGGCGAUGUGUUGAGAAGAAAACAAGAAACGAGUCAACCAACAAGAGUCUCCCCAAGCACACAGCAGCGGAGUGCAUUAUAUAUGAAUCCCAUUGUGCGGUGUGUUCGCAGUGAUGGAUUAACGUACAAUCGCACAUUAAAGGAUUUAUUACUUGGAUGUAUGGCGGCCCCAGCAGAGGCGGAUACACCGUGUUUAGGUCCCUCCGCAGCUCCAGCGUGUGUAUUGGCAGAAUCCGCAAAUAGUUUAAAAGAACAACAACAACAACAACAAGAGAAUGAAAAUGAAAAUGAUGAUGUUGAUGAAGAAGGGGUUUCACGCAGUAAGGAAAGUGUGAUGAAAUGGAAAACCCUCUCUCCUAUGAUUACAUUUACAUUAGAUGGAGUAGCCACACCCAAGACCUUUGCGGCGAUUAAACAACAACAGUUAGAUUUGGAGGCUUUACCACUUCCGGCAUCUUCAUUAUCGGAAUCACAUAUGAUUUCUUGUUCAUCUACUUCUACAACUGUUACCGCUGUUGUUGCGAUGGAUAAUCGUCCUUCUCUUCAAAACACUCAAGUUUAUAUGGAUCCUCUUGAUAGGGAUGAUGAUGAUUAUAAUGAUAAUAAUAAUAAUAAUUGUAGUCUGCGACCACGACUACCACGCAAUGCACCCCACAUGGAAGAACUCCCACAUCAAUAUAUGCUUCGCAGUUUUGUAAAUGGAAAUUUUCAAUUUUACCGUACAUUGGAUGAAAAGCAGCAUUUCUUUGGUUUAUGUCGACAAAUUGUCGCCCAGGCACAAAAAAUAUUUGAAAAUGAACCCUUGUUUGCACGUAUUGCCGCACCAACAUUUGUUUUUGGUGAUAUUCAUGGUAAUUUUGAAGAUCUUGCCUUUUUCCUACGCAGUAUUCUUAUCUUUAAUGAUUUACAAUUGAGUCCAGCGAAUAUAUUAUGUCUUGGUGAUUAUGUGGAUAGAGGACCUUUUUCACUAGAGUGUCUUAUACUGUUAUUAUCCCUAAAGAUUAGUCAUCCAUCUAAAAUGGUAAUGUUGCGUGGAAAUCAUGAAGAUCGUGUGGUGUGUGGAGAUGUGUUAACAUAUGGAGCCAGUAGUUUUCUUGCCCAAUGUGAGGCUUUAUAUGGAGAAGAGGAUGGACAAGUCCUUUUUAAAGAGACAACCGCAUUGUUUAGACAUCUUCCAUUGGCUGCAGAGAUUGUGAUACCGAAUGUACCCAACAGUAAUAAUAAUAAUAAUAAUAAUAAUAAUAAUAAUAAUAAUAAUAUUCCUAAUAUGAAUACGAAUACGAAUACGGGUAAUAGUAAUAGUAAUACUAGUAACACCAUUCCACGAGAUUCUAGUGUUGUUUUUCCCACCGCACGGACUGCAGGACAUCAGUUCAGGCGGACCACACAUGAGGAACGGGUAUUAUGUACACAUGGUGGUAUUCCCCGCUUCUUUGCCCCACCAAAGGAAGAUGAUAGUCUUGCCUUUCUUCGACAGGAGGACUUUCCACGAAUGUUAACACUAUUCCCCAAUAAUCCGGCUGUAAAGAAUGAUCCAGAAGCACAGAUGAUGUUAACAGGAGAUACUGCUGCAAAUUCCACAGAUCCAUCAAUAUCAACAACAACAACAACGCGGGUAAUAAAUGAGGCAACACUUCGUAAAGCAUGGUUUGUGGCUUUUGAUCUUAUGUGGUCAGAUCCCACAAGUAAAGAUCCCGGCGAUGAUGAUCACAACAACAACAACAACAACAACAACAACAACAACAACAACGCAGCCACAUCAUCAUCAUCAUCUUUAGCCCAAACACAAGGCAACGGUCAACAACAACAACAACAACAGGAAGUCCUUAAUGAAUGGGGAUUUGGUGUGAAUAAACGUGGAAGUAAUGUACUGACUUUCUCUGCAAAGGCGGUGGAGACGUUUCUGCAGGCGCAUCAAUACAGUAUGUUAUUUCGAGCCCAUCAAGAGAAGGCGCAUGGACUGCGGUUGAGCAAAAGCAGUAAAGUCUUAACAGUGUUCAGUAGUUCAAACUAUCUCGGUCAUCGUAAUGGGGCGGGUUGUGUGGUGGUGGCAGCCAAUGGAGAGAUUCAACUCGUGGAGAAGGUGAGUGGUGAAUAG